UUUCACCGUUAAAAUAGAUUGUACUAACUCGAAUAUCAAACAAACUAAUCCAGGUGUACCACAAAGUUUAAAAAUAUCUCCUAUACUUUUCAACUUAUACAUAUCCGAUUUCCCUACAAAAAUGAACACGGAAAUAUCUAUGCAUGUAGACAAUAGUGUCAUAUAUUCUAGUUCAGAUAAAAUUGAAAACGUAACAAAAAACAUACAAACUCAUCUCAAAAAUGGAUGCGAAAAUGGAAAAUUAUCCUCAUUCUAG